GAAGCCGUGAAGCCGUGAAGCCGUGAAGCCGUGAAGCCGUGAAGCCAAGACGGGGCUUAUUGCCCAUCCAUGCUGGAUCCCUUCGGACUUAUCGUGACCCCGUCACCAUUGCACAUACACCAUCUCGUAUAAGCAAACCGCUUCUCCGCAUCUUCUAUCCAACCAGCUGCAUAUUACUUAUGAGAUUUGUCACCAUAUAGAAGGCCGGAUUGUGACGGGCGAGGGUCUAGCAUGGGUUUGAGAUAUAAGAUAGGUAGUUAUAUAAAGUGAAGAGCCCAUGAGCUUUUCUAUUUUCCCCCUGCGAGUUGCUCGAAGCAAUAUAAAAUUCAUCAAACUUCCAACCUAUAGGAAUUUAGUAAAUAUGGCAACGGCACACACUAUCCAAAUUACGCCCGAAAAUACUGGGCUAUGGAAGAUUCAACAGGAUGAAGCCUCGGCCGAGAAGGCUACUGAACUGUUGCAGGAGGACCUUGAUAAACACCAUGUAUUCUUCAAUGAUAUGGGCUACCAUAAUCAUAUAAGUCAUCAAGUCCUAGCCCUAUAUGGUACAGGCGCCUCGCCCGAGCUUCUGAAGAAAGGUUACGAUGUCAAUAAGACGUACCAAAGGCCAGCUAAAAAGAUCCGUGAGAAUGUCGUCGAAGAGCUCGGGGACUGGGAGAAAACUAAGAAGUAUCUUGGGAAAGGCGGAUAUUACAACGAGUUCCUAGCCUUUUUUCAAAACGAGAUCGAUAAACUGGGCUGGGAGAAGACACUUAGUGAAUACAUGUUCAGGGGCGAUGAGAGAAGUGAAGACAUGCUGUUUCGAAUGGUCGCUGGAUUAUUUCACCCCAUAAUCCAGCUAAUGUACGGCGUCGAAUGGAAACAACCUGCCAUAGUAGCCAUGGCUCUGGCCCAAGCAGCCGUCCAUAAAGAUGACCUAAGGAAGUUCCUAUAUACGACCGAAGAGGCCGCUAAAUCAAAUACAGAGCCCAUGCCCAGCAUCGAGAGCCUAUUAAGGGAAGUUAAGGCGAACGAAAAGCUCUCCACUUCUAUCCAUGGCACAGAUGAACCAACUAAAAUUAGUAAGGGCAUCUUUGGUAAAGCAUGGGACGAGAUUGUCGAGCUAGCGAGCAGGGUGAAGGUCAAGCCGGAAGAGCUAGACGAGAGGAAUGCCGAGAUGUAUCACAUAUCCGUAUACGAAGGUGCCUCGGCGGCUUUCUAUCCUGGCAAGGAGCCCAAGUUCGACUUCUUCAUUAUGCACCACAUCAACAUCAACCCCAUAUACAUCAUCUUGAAUGGCCUAGACUGGAUCCCGAUCGAAAGUAAAGUGAGGCUCCUCGAAUGGAAAAUACGACUCGACCUCGUCCAGUACGCAGCCAGAGGCUGUCCACCUUUUGAACUCGAUAAUAUCGCCGCAUACGUCCCGCGUGCUGGGAAACUGACUUCGGUAGAUGAACAACUCGCUCUAAUGCACACCCGAGAAGAAGACGGCCACGGCAUCAAGCUCUUCCGCGCGGUCAGCAUCGGCCAGACCCUAAGCGAGAAGUACGAGGACAGGCCAUGGAUUAGGAUCAAGGGGGACAUGUGGACUAGGAUUGGCCACCUCGUUGUCGACUCGUUCCAGACAGAACCACACUGGGUACGCGGUGCCGGCGAGGAUGAGGCGUGGGAUGUUAUUCCGGAUCGGGUGGAUGGUGCUAAUGGUGUCAAUGGUAAGAAUGGGAUUUCGGAUAAGCUUGAUCAGGUACAUCUUUAGUUUGGGUGAGACAAAGGAGCUGGGGAAUGGGAGGGAGAGUAUUUGUUGGAUUGUAUUAUAUUGUAACGAGUAUUAUAAUGACGCCGCUCCGUUGUAUUAGUUGUAGGAUGUUAGGUCUAUAGGAUGCUUAUACCGAAUACUUUCUUAUGUAGGCAAUAUCUGUUUAUCAGUGCAAGGUAUAAUGCAAGGUAUAAUUCUAAAAACGGGGGAAUUUCGGUCAAGAGGCUGCACAGGUGGUUGGUUACUUGUACUUGUACUUAUACAUACUUG